AUGUUGUUUGAAUUUGUUCAAGGGAUGGGAAUGAAUGAACUUUAUUGGGAACACAGAGAUUUUAAUCCGAAGUUGUUGGCUUCCGCAGCCAAAGUUUCAAAUGAAAUCCAGCAAUUAGAUAUUGGCUUAAAUUCUGAGGAAACUGAAUAUUUAACUAUCGACCUUAAACAAAAUUUGGAUGGAUCAUCAAUUCCAGUCACAAUCAUUGAACUUCGAAUUGAAAUGAAGCUUCAAUUUGACUCUGACUCAUUUAAACAAUUUCUUGACAAUUCCAGCGCUAAAAUUACUAUACUUGGACUUCCGUAUGCGAAAUUUUUUUCGAAUGACCAUUUAGAGGCAGUGACAAAGAGCCUAAGUGUACUAUAG